UUUGAGUACAUGAUCCUGGCGACCAUCAUUGCCAACUGCAUUGUGCUGGCCCUUGAGCAGCACCUCCCUGAGGACGACAAGACGCCCAUGUCACGGAGAUUAGAAAAGACAGAGCCCUACUUCAUUGGGAUUUUCUGCUUCGAGGCUGGGAUUAAGAUCGUGGCUCUGGGGUUUGUUUUCCACAAGGGCUCUUACCUGCGUAACGGCUGGAACGUCAUGGACUUCAUCGUGGUCCUCAGCGGCAUCCUCGCCACUGCUGGGACACACUUCAACACCCACGUGGACCUGCGGACGCUGCGGGCUGUGCGUGUGCUCAGACCUCUGAAGCUCGUCUCUGGCAUUCCCAGCCUGCAGAUUGUGCUGAAAUCCAUCAUGAAGGCCAUGGUGCCUCUCCUCCAGAUCGGCUUGCUGCUCUUUUUUGCUAUCCUUAUGUUUGCCAUCAUCGGCCUGGAGUUCUACAGUGGGAAGCUGCACCGAGCCUGCUACACAAACAAUUCAGGUGAACUAGAGGAGCUGGACCCCCCCCAUCCAUGCGGAGUGCAAGGUUGCCCCCCAGGCUACGAGUGCCGGGAGUGGAUUGGUCCCAACGAUGGGAUCACGCAGUUUGACAACAUCCUCUUUGCUGUGUUGACUGUCUUCCAGUGCAUCACCAUGGAAGGGUGGACCACAGUCCUGUACAACACCAAUGAUGCCUUAGGAGCCACCUGGAACUGGCUGUACUUCAUUCCCCUCAUCAUCAUUGGAUCCUUCUUUGUCCUCAACCUUGUCCUGGGAGUGCUGUCAGGGGAGUUUGCCAAAGAGCGCGAGCGGGUGGAGAACCGCCGAGCCUUCAUGAAGCUGCGGCGCCAGCAGCAGAUCGAGCGGGAGCUCAACGGCUACCGGGCCUGGAUAGACAAAGCAGAGGAAGUCAUGCUGGCUGAAGAGAACAAAAACUCUGGGACCUCAGCCUUAGAAGUGCUCAGACGAGCCACCAUCAAAAGGAACCGGACAGAUGCCAUGAACCGUGACUCGAGCGAUGAGCACUGCGUCGAUAUCUCCUCUGUGGGUAACCCCUUGAGUCACUCUGGGCUCAAAGGUGCCAGGGUGGAUGGUGCCUCCUACUUACGGCACAAGGAGCGACUCCUGCGCAUCUCUGUUCGCCACAUGGUGAAAUCCCAGGUCUUCUACUGGAUCGUCUUGAGUCUGGUGGCUCUCAACACUGCCUGCGUGGCCAUCGUCCAUCACAACCAGCCAGCCUGGCUCACACACUUCCUUUACUAUGCAGAGUUCCUGUUUCUUGGACUCUUCCUCCUGGAGAUGUCUUUAAAGAUGUACGGGAUGGGGCCACGCCUUUACUUCCAUUCUUCCUUCAACUGCUUCGACUGUGGGGUCACGGUGGGAAGCAUCUUCGAAGUGGUCUGGGCUAUCUUCAGACCAGGAACCUCUUUUGGGAUCAGUGUCCUACGCGCCCUUCGUCUCCUGCGAAUAUUUAAAAUAACCAAGUACUGGGCAUCCCUGAGGAAUUUGGUGGUCUCGCUGAUGAGCUCCAUGAAGUCUAUUAUCAGCCUGCUCUUCCUUCUCUUCCUCUUCAUUGUUGUCUUUGCCCUGCUGGGAAUGCAGCUGUUUGGAGGGAGGUUUAACUUCAUUGAUGGGACACCAUCGGCCAACUUCGACACCUUCCCCGCAGCCAUCAUGACUGUGUUCCAGAUCCUGACGGGUGAGGACUGGAACGAGGUGAUGUACAAUGGCAUCCGCUCCCAGGGAGGCGUUCGCUCAGGCAUGUGGUCCUCCAUCUAUUUCAUCGUCCUCACCUUGUUUGGAAACUAUACUCUGCUGAACGUGUUCUUGGCUAUUGCGGUGGACAAUCUGGCCAAUGCUCAGGAGCUCACCAAGGAUGAGCAGGAGGAAGAAGAGGCCUUUAACCAGAAGCACGCUCUUCAGAAAGCCAAAGAAGUCAGCCCCAUGUCUGCCCCAAACAUGCCUGCUAUCGAAAGAGACAGGCGGAGGAGACACCACAUGUCGAUGUGGGAGCCGCGCAGCAGCCACCUGCGGGAGCGGCGACGGCGGCACCACAUGUCGGUGUGGGAGCAGCGGACGAAGAAACCGGGGGAUGGCGUCGCCCUGGAGAAAUGUGCCGAGGAUCAGAGCGGCAAGGGCGAGCGGCCGUCAGCCGAGGGACCUGAGCAGCCGGCCCCGGGGGCCAACCCCGGUGGCGCUGAGGACAGGAGGAGUCCGUCGCCCCGGGCCAAGCGAGACAAGGAGUCGUGGCACCAGAAAUCGUGCCAUGGGAACUGUGAGCCAGGCGAGCAGGAUGGGGCAGGAGGGGGCACGGAGGACAGGGCACGGAUGAGGCAGAGCCAGCGGCGCAGCCGGCACCGCAGAGCCCGCAUUGAGGGGAAAGAGCCGGCUGGCACCCUGGGGAGCCGCUCAGCCAGCCAGGAGACGGGUCUGGAGGAGGCCAGCCCUGCGGAGGGAACACAGGACGGGGACCAGUGUGGAGAUGUGGCCACAGCAGAGGCGAGCGGGGAGCCGGUCAGGACAAACGGGAUUCCCAGCGGUGAUGCUGAGCUGGUUGGGACCGCUGAGGAGGGGAGCACCCCGCAAGCAGCGCCCGAGCCCCCCCGGGGCAAGACGGGCAGCCUGACAGAGCAGGACUGCAGCAGCCUGGACACCAGUGAGCAAGCGCUGCUGGAAGGCAGCCGCACUGUCAGCCGGAGCGAGCCUGACCUCUCCUCCAUCACCCCCAACACGGAGAAGGCCACGGAGAGCACCGCCAUCAUGAUCGAUGUCCACGACUCCGCUGUGGUACAGAUUAGCAACAAGACAGACGGCGAAGCCAGCCCCUUGAAAGAGGCAGAGACCAAAGAGGAUGAGGAGGAGAUGGAGAAGAAGAAACGGAAGAAGGAGAAAAGCGAGACGGGCAAAGCAAUGGUGCCGCACAGCUCCAUGUUCAUCUUCAGCACCACCAACCCGGUGCGGAGGGCCUGUCACUACAUCGUCAACCUGCGCUACUUUGAGAUGUGCAUCCUCCUGGUGAUCGCCGCCAGCAGCAUCGCCCUGGCGGCUGAGGAUCCCGUCCUCACCAACUCCGACCGCAACAAAGUCCUGAGGUAUUUCGACUAUGUCUUCACCGGUGUCUUCACCUUCGAGAUGGUCAUCAAGAUGAUCGAUCAGGGCUUGAUCCUGCAGGACGGCUCCUACUUCCGAGACCUCUGGAACAUCCUGGAUUUCAUCGUGGUGGUGGGAGCACUGGUGGCUUUUGCCUUGGCGAAUGCUCUGGGGACCAACAAGGGCCGGGAUAUCAAGACCAUCAAGUCUCUCCGUGUGCUACGGGUCUUGAGGCCCCUGAAAACCAUCAAGCGACUGCCCAAGCUGAAGGCCGUCUUCGACUGCGUGGUGACUUCCCUCAAGAACGUCUUCAACAUCCUCAUCGUCUACAAGCUCUUCAUGUUCAUCUUUGCUGUCAUUGCCGUCCAGCUCUUCAAGGGGAAGUUUUUCUACUGCACUGACAGCUCUAAGGACACAGAGAAGGACUGCAUAGGGAACUACGUGGACCAUGAGAAGAACAAGAUGGAGGUGAAGUGCCGGGAGUGGAAACGCCAUGAGUUUCACUACGACAAUAUCAUCUGGGCUUUGCUCACCCUGUUCACUGUCUCCACCGGCGAGGGUUGGCCCCAGGUGCUGCAGCAUUCGGUGGACGUGACAGAGGAGGACCGUGGGCCCAGUCGCAGCAACCGCAUGGAGAUGUCCAUUUUUUAUGUCGUCUAUUUUGUGGUCUUCCCUUUCUUCUUUGUCAACAUUUUCGUGGCUCUCAUCAUCAUCACGUUCCAAGAGCAAGGAGACAAAAUGAUGGAGGAGUGCAGUCUGGAGAAGAAUGAGAGGGCCUGUAUUGACUUUGCCAUCAGCGCCAAGCCCCUCACGCGGUACAUGCCCCAGAACCGGCACACCUUCCAGUACCGGGUCUGGCACUUUGUGGUCUCCCCGUCCUUCGAGUACACCAUUAUGGCCAUGAUAGCGUUGAACACCGUGGUGCUGAUGAUGAAGUACUACUCUGCUCCGUACACCUAUGAGUUGGCCCUGAAGUACCUGAACAUCGCGUUCACCAUGGUAUUCUCCUUGGAGUGCGUCCUCAAGAUCAUCGCUUUUGGCUUCCUGAAUUAUUUCCGGGACACCUGGAACAUCUUUGACUUCAUCACCGUCAUCGGCAGCAUUACGGAGAUUAUCCUGACGGACACCAAGCUGGUGAACACCAGCAGCUUCAACAUGAGCUUUGCUCGGCUCAUCAAGCUGCUGCGCCAGGGUUACACCAUCCGCAUCCUGCUCUGGACGUUCGUGCAGUCCUUCAAGGCCCUCCCCUACGUCUGCCUCUUGAUCGCCAUGCUCUUCUUCAUCUAUGCGAUCAUUGGGAUGCAGGUUUUUGGCAAUAUCAAACUAGAUGAGGAAAGCCACAUUAACCGCCACAACAACUUCCGCAGCUUCCUGGGCUCCCUCAUGCUCCUCUUCAGGAGUGCCACGGGAGAGGCAUGGCAGGAGAUCAUGCUGUCGUGCUUGGAGGGCAAAGGCUGCGAGCCGGACACGACGGCGACAUCGGGGCAGAACGAGAAUGAGCGCUGCGGCACCGACCUGGCCUACGUUUACUUCGUCUCCUUCAUCUUCUUCUGCUCUUUCCUGAUGCUCAACCUGUUUGUGGCGGUCAUCAUGGACAAUUUUGAAUACCUGACUCGGGAUUCCUCCAUCCUUGGGCCUCACCAUCUAGAUGAGUUUGUCCGGAUCUGGGCAGAGUAUGACCGAGCAGCGUGCGGCAGGAUCUCGUAUAAGGAUAUGUACAAAUUAGUACGGGUGAUCUCGCCUCCUCUGGGCCUAGGAGAGAACUGC